AUGUUAAAUACAUCGAGUGAUAUUAAUUUUCAAUUUGGAUUGCGUCGUUUGUCUAUUUCAGUUAUACGAAUAAGAAAUCAUCACAAAUGUGAUAUGUACUCUUUCGUAAUUCAAGUAUGUGGUCUAUUUGGUCAAACGCUAAAUCAAAUUAGGCAAGAUAUAAAUAUUUUCAACAAUUUUUAUACCCAACAUAUCCUGAGGUUUAUAGUAGAAGGAGUACGUUACAGAAAGGAAGAGAUAAUGUUGCUUUACAAACUAGCUAAUAAAUGUGCUCUUUCGGUUAAAGAAAUUAGGACAAUAGUCCUGAUUCGAAUACCAUACACGCUACUGAAUCAUCAUUUGCGGCGAAACUUGCUACUAUACACAUUCUUCUCCCUCGACGUCGUCUCGAUCUCGAUCUCGAUCUCGAUCAGUGUGCCUGGGCGGCCGCGCGCCAGCGCAAAAAAGAUACAACGAGCAGCUUAG